AAGGAACACCAUGUUCAACUUCUUUCAGUGACUUGACCUGUCAAGCGUUCGUCAGCACCAGAGUUUAUCGGGCUUUACCUCCCUUCCGAGAGCCCGUUCCGCCGGCUGGUCCACACAAGCUUGGACAGGGCGAUCGGAUAAUCAUUCUGAUUUAUGAAAGCACAUCCGCUCUGCAGAUCCAUUCAAUCCGGUUGUGAUUCAAGGUCUUGUUCUAGAUAUUGGAAAGUCUGCCCCUCUUUGAUCUUCACUGGAAAAGACCCAAUGUGAUUGAAAGUACUUCAGUUGCAUUCCCCCACUUGUGCUGCAGCUUGACGAAGAUCGAGAUCCAUCGCCUUAUCCCUUCCUUUUUGGUUUCUAUCUCCUUGUAGCUUUGUGAAUACUUCAUUGCUACCACUCUUCUUCCCUUGUCACCAUGUCGAGUAUUCCGCGGCCGACGGAGGGCGAUGUUGAUAUCGGGACGGGCACGUUUGUUGCUUGCUGGGUUCUCACCGGCGUUGUUGGUGUAACACUUCUAUUUCGCUAUGCAGUAAAGAGCUGGGUGCGCUUUGCGCUGCCCCAGGUCACUGCCCCGGAGCGAGUAUGGGGCUUCGAGGAUUUAUUCUUCCUCGCAGGCUAUACUCUCGACAUUGCACACAUGAGCAUGAUUCAAGUUAGUUCACAGUGGGGCUUGGGUCGGCAUUACUACUACUUGUCAGCGGCUGAGCGCAUGACCGCCCUGAAAUACGACUUUUACUCGCAACCACUCGCUGUGUCCGCCGCGAUGGUAUCGCGCACAGGUAUGAUGUGGUUCCUGUUAACAUGCUUCGCUGCCAGCGAUAAGAAGAUCCGCACCUCGAUCUUCGUGUGUGCAAUUGUGCAGAUCGUUGCAAAUAUGGUGACGAUCUUGCAAAUUAUAUUACAGUGUGGGCCAAAUCCCUACCACGUGACAAAUCGCGUUGCGUACUUCAAGUAUAUGUGGACUCCCCUACCGAGUGAUGGAUCUGUCGUCUGCCAGUCGCCUCAUGUCCAGACUACCGUUGGAUUUGUUCAAGGAGGUUUUAAUACAAUCAUCGACUUUAUUCUGGCGAUUAUUGCUGGUGUAGAGCUGUGGCAAUUCUUCCUUCGCACCCUACAUCGUGAGAACCUGUCUUUUUGGUCACAAUUCAAGAAGAUCAAUAGCACGGUUCGAUCUCGUCGUCUUUGGCAAACCAUCACUCUCUGCGGCCCGCUGGUUCUCUCGGGUGCAGCCUCCAUUGUGAAAACAUACAAACUCAAGUCCCUCGGCGACCGACUUGACUUCACCUACAACAUCGUUUCCUUCAUUCUAUGGGUAAAAAUCGAAAACUACAGCAUCCUCCUCGCCUCCUGUGCUCCAGUCGCACGACUCUUCCUUCGCACCAUCGUCGACGCUCGACGAGAAGGCCACUUCGGCUACUGGUCCAAAUCAAACUCAAACAAUAAUCACGCCACCCGCGACACAGAGUUGAAAAGCCAGCAGAGCCGAAGCAAAACCAAUUGGAUGGAUUCAGCCACGGCCACAGCUACCGCAACGACGCAAUGGCAUGAUGAAGAGGGUCAACAAUCGAGUUGGAACAUUCACCCAGAGCGAUCGACAAGCCGACAGUCAAAAGGGUACGGGCAUGAGAUGGAGGGCAUGGAAGAUGGGGGCGUGACGGUGAAGACGGAUAUUGUGGUGCAAGUCGAUGAUGGGCGGUCCACGUCGAGUGGGGAUGCGAGGCUCUUGCCUGGUGGAGGGGAGAUACCACUUGGGAGGGAGGAGUAUGGGUAUCAUGCUCGGUGAAGUAUACGAUUCGCAGAAGUAUUAAUAGUGGUGGGUAAUGCAUGUAAAUGGGGCUUAUUAUUCGUGUAUAGGAUGUACAGCACUUGUGACUUUCGAGCCAGCGAAUUUCUACUUUACAUUGUAUUGAGUUGUCU